UCCAAUGAUUAGGUUAUACAAAAAUCAACUUAAUCCAAUUAUGAAGAAAAACAAAAAAAGUGGGGAAGGAAAUGGCAGAUUGAUGCAGCAGGGAGGGAACUGAGUCCAAGAGACAGAAACGACAAAAGGACAGCACAAAGGUUCAAUUGUUGGAGCCAAUCCGCCAUAUCUAUCCCCUCAUUCAAAGGUUGAAGGAAGGUUCCAGCCAUUGAAGGAAGAAUUUUAGUGAUUGAUUUAUUCGAGAGUCAGACGUCACCGCAAAGCGAAGCAAAGCUACGUUGUUGUCGUUUCCAUUCUUUGUUCGAUUUGGGAUUGCUGCUGGGUCGGGUCAACUCCCGAUCCCCUAUUUCGAAAUCGAUAAUCUUAUCGUCUUCGAAGAUAUUCCUGUUGUAUUGGCGAUCGAUUCGGCGGAGAUUCAUUCGUUCCUCCAUGCAUAUAUAUCCAAUCGAAGCACCAUCUACCUCCUCGAUUCUCCAUGUCAGAUGGCAAAAUGAGCUGUGAUUCAAUCACGAUUUCGAUUACGACUACGCCCAUUGAUCUUGAUUCGUGAUCAGUCAGAAAGCCGAAAGAGGCAAAGAAAAGAAUAUCCUAAUCUACAAAAAAGUCUUAUCUUGAUUAGGAUGGAGAUCGGCAGCCAAUCCCUCGACUCUUCAAAAGAAUUGAAGCAUUACCCGUUGACGCCAUUUAGGAUCGUCCGAGGUCUGAUAUGUUUAGCAGUGUAUCUUGCUACCGCGUCGAUGUUCUUGGUGUAUUUCGUGCCUCCAGCUAUGCUCGUGCGCCUAUUCAGCGUGCAUUACAGUAGAAAAAUGUCGUCCUACUUGUUCGGGAUGUGGCUCGGGCUUUGGCCGUUCUUAUUCGAAAAAAUAAACGGAACUAAAGUUACAUUUUCCGGAGAUAGAAUUCCGGUGGAAGAGCGAGUGUUGAUAAUCGCAAACCACAGAACGGAAGUCGACUGGAUGUACAUGUGGGAUCUCGCGAUACGGAAAGGGUGCUUGGGAUACUUGAAGUAUGUCCUUAAAAGGAGCCUAAUGAAGCUCCCGAUUUUCGGGUGGGGAUUUCACAUAUUGGAGUUCAUUCCGGUGCACAGAAAUUGGGAAGUCGACGAGCCGGUGAUGCGGGAAAUGCUUUCGACGUUUAGCGACCGUCGAGAUCCGUUGUGGCUCGCGGUUUUCCCCGAAGGAACCGACUACACUAAAGAGAAGUGCGCUAAAAGCCAGAAGUUCGCGAAUGAAAAUGGAUUGCCGGUACUUAAAAAUGUGUUGCUUCCGAAAACGAGGGGAUUCAAUGCUUGCUUGGAGAUCUUGAGGGGCUCGUUGGAUGCAGUUUAUGACGUGACAAUCGCAUACAAGAACAGGCUGCCGACUUUUCUGGACAAUGUGUUCGGCGUGGAUCCUUCCGAAGUACACAUGCACAUUAAGCGCAUCCCUCUCGACAAAAUCCCUUUGUCCGAAGAGGAAUCCUCCGCAUGGUUGAUGAACGAAUUUGUGUUAAAAGAUAAGCUUCUGACCGAUUUCAUCGUCAACGGCGAAUUUCCCGAUCAAGGGACGGAAAGGGAGCUUUCGACUGCGAAAUGCGCCGCAAACUGCGCCGUGGUUAUCGCCGUCACGAUUGUUUUCACUUUUCUGACCUUCUUCUCGGCCGUUUGGUUCAAAUUGUACGUAGUCUUGGCUUGUCUCUACCUAGUUUGUGCUUCUUCUUUGAAUUUCAGACCGUCCCCUCUUUUGGACACCUUCGUUGGAAAGAAAUCUUUGUAAUUUUAAGACAAUUGUACGAUGGUUUUUUAUUUCUUUUUUCUUUUUUUUUCCCUA